AUGGAGAAGAACAAACCAGUGAUGCUAACUGGAUUAAUGGACAAUCAUUGGAAGGCUUGCACUGAUUGGGUUAACCCUAAUGGAAAACCUAAUCUCCAAUUUUUCUCCACUCAUUUUGGUUCCUCCAAAGUUCAGGUUGCAGACUGUGAUACCAGAGAUUUUACUGAUCAAAAAAGGGAGGACAUGCUGGUUUCCGAUUUCGUUCGACUUUGCUUUAAAUAUGAAGGUUCUGCAGUUCAGUGCAGUAAUCAAAUUGGUGUAAGUAAUGGUGACUCUGCAUCUGUACCGUAUUUGAAGGAUUGGCAUUUUGUGAAGGAGUAUCCUGAUUACGUACCAUACAUCACUCCGAUGUUCUUUUGUGAUGAUUGGCUCAACUUGUAUCUCGAUAACUUUAGAAUGAAUACUUAUUCCGACAGAGACCAGCAAAAUAAGGAAAUAUGUUGCUCUGACUAUCGUUUUGUUUACAUGGGAGUAAAAGGAUCUUGGACUCCUCUACAUGCUGAUGUUUUCAGAGCAGCUCCGAAGGCUCUUCAAAUUGAUGAAGAUGUGUUAUAUGGAAUUAUUGUCCUGUGUGAUUUGAAAAUCAUUGAACAUGAUGAUGAUGCAGUUUUGAUGAAGUAUGCGUGA